UGGUCUUAAAUUUUUCGGACAGAACCAUCUUGUAUGUAUGCGAGUCCGAAACUGUCUGAGAAAAUCUGCCGCCGGAUUCGGGCAUUUCCGAUUUGCCUUUCCAUUUCCGAAGAUCGUUUGCCGCUUUGUUUCCCUGAUCUCUGUUCAUUGCAGCUUGAGAGAGGGGGGGGGGCUAGGGUUUUUGUUACCCAGGUAUAUACAUAUAUACACGCAGAUAUAUAUAUACGUCCUUUAUGUAUCCGUAAUACUAGUUCUCGGUUGGGUGUUACUGGAUUUGGUGAUGUUCGUGUUUGAUUCUUGUAAUCUCCACUCUGCUAGUAUUUUCUCUUAGGACACAAGUCUCUGCAAGCGAAUUAAGACUUUGACCGAUCAGAUUGUUGAACAGAGCGGACGGAGACAUAGAGAUAGAGUGUGUUAGAAUUCAAGGUUUCUGUCUGAUGGUCGGAAAUUCUGUGCUCGUGAGUUGAUUUCUAGGGUUUGUAGCAUAGAAAAUGGAGAAUUUUAACUCUGAGAGCAACAAGAGACCUGGUAUACCACCUUCUCAUCCAAACAAUCCGGCUACCUUUGCUUAUCCUCAUCAGGCAAUAGGGUCUCGUUUAGGUUAUCAACAACUCGGUUCAAGGAACCCGAACCCGGGCCCUUCCCAUUCGAGGUCCUUGUCUCAGCCCUCAUUCUUUUCACUUGAUUCUUUACCUCCUUUUAGCCCGACACCGUUUAAGGAGCCGUCUAUUUCUCCUACUACGGGUGAGAUCGGAUCGAAAGACGUGUCAAUGGAUGACAAGUCAGGGCCGACUUCUCGAAGCAAUGAGACUGCUGCUAUCACCGAUAAAUUGCCUCCUCGUGAGGGCCACAGGCGGUCAAACAGUGAUAUACCAUUAGGGUAUUCAGGGAUGAUCCAUUCAUCAAUGCAGUCGGUACAUCUCGGAAACAUGGGGAUCUUGGACGGGAUCGUUCCCGGUUCAAGCACGGAGGAGAAGCCGAUUCAGUUGGUGAAACGGGAAUCCGAGUGGAGUGGAGAUGGUAAGAGCGUCGCUGAGGGGACGGGCGAGAGGAAAUUGGAGGGAGAGUUAGCCGACGACUUGGUCAGUGCUUACAUGAACCUUGAUAUUAUUGCCCCUCUAAGCUCAGGAGCCACCGAAGAGAAGGAUUUAGGCAGCAGAGCCAGUGGUUCUAAGACAAACGGAGGCGAUGGCAGUGAUAACGAAGUCGAAAGUUGCGUAAAUGGGAACGCUUUCGGGCCAUCGAGUUCAAGUGCUGCAUCACAAAGGAGGGAAGGGAUCAAGAGGACGGCCAGUGGAGAUAUUGUCCCGAGUGGACGGCACCAGAGAAGUGUUUCGAUGGAUAGUUACAUGGGAGGUUUUAUCUUUGACGAGGAAACACUAAAGGCUUCUCCCCAGUUGGGAAAUCAGCAGUUACCGAGUGAAUCCGGUGAUUGGAGGUUGAAGAAUUUGAAUUUUGAGUUUCCAAGGGGAGAAUUCAGUGAAGCGGAACUCAAGAGGAUCAUGGAUGAUGAGAAGCUAACUGAAAUUGCAUCAUCAGACCCGAAACGAGCCAAAAGGAUUCUGGCUAAUCGUCAAUCUGCUGCUCGUUCAAAGGAGCGCAAGCUGCGUUACAUCGUUGAAUUGGAACAUAAAGUUCAAACUCUACAGACAGAAGCAACCACCUUGUCUGCUCAACUUACAAUACUGCAGAGAGAUUCAGCUGGACUUACAAAUCAGAACAACGAGCUCAAGUUCCGUCUUCAGGCCAUGGAACAAAAAGCACAGCUCAAAGACGCGUUGAACGAGGCAUUGGCGGCGGAAAUUCAUAGGCUGAAGAUAGCGACUGCGGAGAUCAGUGGGGAGAACCAUCUCUCGAACCGCAUGGCUCAACAGCUCUCGAUAAACUCUGGAAUUUUCCCGACUCAGGCUCGGAACAACAUCUAUGAUCAACUCCAGCAGCAGAAUCUGCAGAUCGAACGGGGAAACGCGGAUUCCGCCAUGUCGGAUCAGAGAAGUAACCGUCCUUAGAUCCCGCAAGAUUGUUUCUUGUUUUUUUUCCCCGGACCGGUAAAGAUUGGAACAUAUAUAUGUUUCAUGGAUCCUUUGGCCUGUUGCAGAAGAUGCUACUGACUCUUA